AUGUCUGUGCAGAGCGUCAACAACACGCUGAGCAAGCACCUACUCAAGAUCAAGGGAUUCUCUGAGAUCAAGGUCGAGAAGGUCAAGGAGGCCGCGAAGAAGUGCCUGCCAAGUGGCGCAUGCGGCUUCAUCACAGGUGCCGAGACACUGAUCCUGCGCAAGCAAUGUUUCCGCCUGUCGACUGGUAGCAAGCAGUGGGAUGCUAUCUUGAACGGAGGCUUCGAGUCCAAGAGCAUCAGCGAGGUGUAUGGCGAGUAUCGUUGUGGAAAGACGCAGCUUGCUCAUACGCUGUCCGUCAUUGCUCAGUUACCGAGGGAGCACGGCGGCGGUGGUGGCAAAGUGGCCUGGGUCGACACUGAAGGCACUUUCCGUCCCGAACGCAUUGUCCAGAUCGCUGAACGCUUCGGCUUGGACCCGGAAGUGGCCAACGAGAACAUCAUUCAAUCCCGCGCAGCGAAUAGCGAGCAGCAGUCUACCCUGAUCUACGAUCUCUCCGAGCAGCUUGCCACUGGCGAGUUCCGACUUCUCGUCAUCGACAGCUUGAUGGCACUCUUCCGCAUCGACUUCAUCGGCCGUGGCGAGCUUGCCGACCGUCAGCAGAAGCUCGGCCUUUUCCUCGAUAAACUUCACAAGAUCUCGGAGGAGUUCAACGUCGUCGUCUUCUACACGAACCAGGUCCAGUCAGAUCCGGGUGCUAGUGCUCUGUUCGCUGGCGCUGAUGGCCGCAAGCCUGUAGGUGGGCACGUCGUCGCUCAUGCUUCUACCACGCGAGUUCUCUUGAGGAAGGGUCGAGGUGGAGAGAGGGUGGCCAAGGUCCAAGACUCGCCGGAUUGUCCUGAGGCAGAGGCUACCUACAUCAUAACGACUGGUGGGAUCAACGAUCCUGAUAAGGCGUGA